GACUCACCUCUCAACUCACCACUCGACCUGCCACUCGACUCACCUCUCAACUCACCACUCACCUCACCAUGCAAAACGAACACCGCCUUUUGGACAGCACAGACAAGCGGCCGUGGCCAAAGCUGAGAGGGCACGUGCAAGCGUGCCUGCGCGUGGCCAAGAGCCUGCUGAUGAAGACGGGCGAGGACUGGUGGUUCCUCUUCGCGCUCGGGAUGCUCAUGGCUCUCAUCAGCUUUACCAUGGACUUCACGUCGGCAAAGCUGCAGAAAGUGCACCGCAUGCUUUUUGACGAGCUGCAGGACCACCGGCUGCUGCAGUGGGUGGCCUGGGUCUCCUUCCCCAUGGCCCUCACCGCCUUCUCCACGGGCUUCGCUCAGAGCGUCUCGCCGGCCUCCGGGGGCUCGGGUAUCCCUGAGCUGAAGACCAUCCUGGGCGGAGUGGUGCUGGAGGAGUACCUGUCCAUACGCACCUUCGCCGCCAAGGUCAUCGGCCUCACGUGCACGCUCAGUGCCGGCAGCACGGUCUUCCUCGGCAAAGUGGGCCCGUUUGUGCACAUAUCCAGCAUGCUGGCCACCUUCCUUGGUCGAGUGAUGACGAGAGUGGCUGGGACUUACGAGAACGCAGCGCGGCAGUACGAGAUGCUGGUGGCAGCCGCCGCUGUUGGCGUGGGAUGCUGCUUCGGAGCUCCUGUUAGUGGGGUGCUCUUCAGCGUCGAGGUCAUGUCGAGUCACUUCGCCGUGCGCGAUUACUGGCGGGGAUUCUUCGCCGCGUCGUGCGGGGCCCUCAUGUUCCGCAUCCUCUCCGUGCUCAACAGGGAGCAAGAAACCAUCGUGGCCCUGUUCAAAACGCAGUUCCUCGUCGACUUUCCGUUCGACCUUCCCGAGCUCGUCUUCUUCGCCUUGCUUGGUGUCAUCUGCGGAGGGGUGAGCUGUGCCUACCUCUACUGCCAGCGCACCUUCUUUGCGUACGUCCGCAAGAACAAAGUGACCGCUAAGCUCCUGGCCAGCGACAAGGCCCUCUACUCCACCGCGGUGGCUUUCCUGCUGGCGGUCAUCACGUUCCCGCCUGGGAUUGGCCAGUUCAUGGCCGCGCGGCUCACCAUGAAGGAGCUGCUGACCUCCAUGUUCGACCGGGACACGUGGUUCGUCCUGUCGGCGAACAGGAGCGCCAACUUGGCGGCGCCGGUCAACCAGAGCAGCCUGUGGCUCGAGUGGGCGAACCCCGACAGCGGCGUGUACGCCACGCUCUGCGUCUUCAUCGUCAUGAAGUUCUGGAUGCUCAUUCUCGCGACAACAAUGCCCCUUCCCGCUGGUUACUUCAUGCCUGUGUUUGUUUACGGCGCCGCGCUCGGCCGGCUGGUCGGCGAGGUCCUCGCUUACAUCUUCCCAAACGGAAUCAAGUCGGAAGGAACCGUCGUGUACAUCACGCCGGGAGGCUACGCCUUGGCAGGAGCGGCCGCCUUCUCCGGCGCGGUCACCCACACGGUGUCCACGGCCAUGCUGGUGUUCGAGGUGACGGGCCAGAUCGCUCACAUCCUGCCCGUGCUCGUGGCCGUGCUCGUCGCCAACGCCAUCGCCCAGAAGUUCCAGCCGUCCUUUUACGACGGCACCAUCAUGAUCAAGAAACUGCCCUACCUCCCCAAGCUCCGGGGCGCGGGCCGCACCGGGGCGUACGGCAUUCUAGUGGAGCAGUUCAUGAACACAAAGAUCAGCUACCUGACGCGCGAUUCUUCGGAGCGUCACGUCAAGAAGAUCCUGAAGUCGGUGCCCCUCACAGCCUACCCCGUGGUGGACGCCGACAAUUCCAUGAUUCUGGUGGGCGCGGUGAGGAGACCAGAACUUGUUCACUGGAUGAGAAACCGGGCCGCGGAUGGGGAGUUGGAAUCCCCAAAGACGCUCGACGGAUGCGACAUUGAGCCAAUCACAUUUCAGCUUUCUCCAAAGACGUCCCUCUAUCAGGCUCACAAGCUGUUUGAGCUGCUCGGGCUGCAGUUCAUCUACGUCACGUCGGCCGGGCGGCUCGUCGGGGCUGUCACACUUGCAGAGCUGCGAAGGGGCAUGGAGGACCUCAUAAGUGGCAAGAUCGUCCCGGCUCUGAUGUCGGCUGUCUGACGUGCCGUGACUUCCCCAGCUCGAGCCCGACGCAUCGUUGCCAGAUCAUCGCUUGGUAUAGUUUAAACAUAAAGACCCCAAGUGAACUGUUUAUGGAACGCGUUUCCGGACGAGGCCACUUAAUCACCACACACAGGACGAAAAUGACUUUUGUGUAGCUGUACAACCACCCUGCAGGCCAGGCAACAUGGUAUUAUCAUCAUUACCGGCCACGAUCGAUCCACUGCUGGAUGAAGGCCUCCACCAAGCCAUCACCGUCUCUCACUGCUCUUGAGAUUCUAUCGGGCUGCUGCACACACACACACGCUCAUUUGACUGCUCCAUCUCCGCGGCGACGUUAAACCUCAUUGGCUGCCACUCUGCUGUUAAUCUCGUCAUCCUAUCUGCGAUGUGUCCUGCCAAAGCCCGCUUAAUUUUCUCAACAGUCAAUACAAUGUGUGCAUUAUCCGAUCCGCCUGUUUCCCUCCCUGUCUCUCAUCGUAGGUCCGAGCAAGCACCCGCCUCACCACGAUUCUUUGCCCACUUUUUCAGCUUUCAUCCCAUUUUCCUUUGUCCGCCUCCAUGUGUCUGACUUGUGCGUCACAGAAGAUUAACACGCACACAGCCGAUUAAGUAGCAUUAUCCUUUGGGCACAUUGUACGUUCCUUUGCAUUGUUAAGUUCAUGUUUUUUUUUUUUACGAAAGCGCUUCCAACCACGUUCCCAUCCUUGUAAUCAUUGUCUCUGGCGUUGUAUUAACACCGUCGUUUUGACGUUGUCUUAAAGUGCAGGUGAUCAGCCGAUACGAGAGACCCCUACAUGGGGGUCAUCGAUUGUUAAAAGUGGAUUCUCAUUCCCUGUAGGCUCCCUGCGUAUGCCUUGUCAGAUAUAGCUUGUGUUCGUACAUACACGGUAUGCGGAGCGUUGCUUAUUUAAUGUAACAAUUUGCUUUAACGUGAUUUAAUAAUUGUUCAAGAAUCGCAUUAUACCAGGUUGCCCACUUGUCAGGACACAUCGGGUUAUUUCAUUUAUUUUAACACUUGCAUUAAAACAUUUGAAUUUUUAUUCUUUAAGCUAAUAUUAUUUAUAUUAUCAUUAAUAGUAUUUAUUUUUCUUCUUUCCGUGGGGGUCACCUAAAAUCCGUCAUUUAAAAAUCUGGACCGAGACACGUGAAAGAAUUGAGAAAACAAAACAUUAUUUAUGAAUGUAAAAAAAAAAUCUUACUUGAAUUUCCAAAUAAAAUGCAUGCAUUGAUAUUCAUGGAAUUCAGUUUGAGCAUUUGUUAAAAUACAUGAAAUAACCGUCAGUCAUUUGUUACAAUAAAUAUGACCCUGUGCCCUGACAUUUGGACCACCCUGCUGAAAGUGUUUUGGUUACAUUGGUGGUGAACGUAGCACCUCGAGUGGCUGUGUGAGCCAGUGUGAACCCGUUUCGUACGACGUAGAAGCAUUGACUCUCACACGCAUAGUUCGGUGCAUUAGCUUGAAUAUUGGAAUGGAAUUUCAACAAUUAAUUGAUGUAUCCCGACAUGCCUUGUGUAUAUAAACAACUUGUCUUUUUUUACACGUGUCACUUCUGAACACAGUGUUCAAGCCACCGCAGUCAGCGAGCCAAAUCUAUUUGAUAGAAACUUAACCUACCAAUAUGUAGAUUAAUAUAUUUUUUAAUGAAUAUUUUUUUUAUUUACAUAUUCACUUUUGCAAGAGAGGUCGCGAACACUAUCAUUUAUCAAUAAUGUGUUUUUUUAUAUAUAUGAUUAGAAACAUGUAUAGAUGUUGAAUUUUUUUCGCACAGUACGUAGCCAACCAUGCUAAUUGGAGGUGCGGGGGAAGGACAACAAACUAAACACAAAAAGGAGCUUUAAAGAAGCGAGUUUGUCAAUCUAGAUGAUUUAAGAGUGCAUUGCUCCAGUGGCUUCCUAAUAUCGGAAGGAAGAGCGUUCCAGAGGUCCGCAGAACCUCAUCUGAUGCGGCGCGAUGCAGUGACCACCGUCCUUGUUGGAUGGUUCGCCACUGCUGCGGGGAUGACCGGAGAUUGUGUGACAGUUUGCGAUGGAAUAACCUCGGCAGCCGUGUUGGUUACUGGCUACUUGCUGUUUGGGGCUUUUGGGCCCGUUUUAAAGUUUCAAGUUUAAUUUGGUUUAACCAGUUGAGAAUGCAAGAGGCCGCGGAUGAGUCUGAUUUUGCAAGAGUCGCAGUUGUUUGGCGCCCGUACUGCUUAUUUUUUUUAAUUCCUGAUUCAGAAUAUUACACACGGAUGCAAUGUUUAGUUUUAUUAACAUGUGUGCAUGCCCCUGUCCAAUAAAUAGCUGUGUAUGCAAAUGUAAUGAAAUAUACAAAAUAUACAAACGCGGUUUGUACAUAAUAAAUGUUUUAUAAUCGUGA